AUGAAACAAGCUGCAGAGAUUUGUAUUAAAGAGAGUAAGUCAAUUCGAUCAGUAGCUAAAGAUUUUGAUAUUUGUCAUGUCAGUUUAACUAGAUUCAUCAUCAAAUUAAAAGCCAUGAAGUUGGGUGGUUCUCCUCCUAAAUGUGGUUACCGACCUCAUACAAGAAUUUUUGAUAGUUGCCAAGAAACUAUGUUAAGUAAUUAUUUGAAAAAUUGUGCAGAUAUGUACUUUGGUUUAAGUUCUAAAGAUGUAAGGCAACUGGCUCAUGAAUUUGGUAUUAAGUUGAACAUAAAAAUACCAACUUACUGGACUGAAAAUAGAUCAGCUGGUGUUGACUGGUUUAAGAAUUUUUUGAAACGCAAUUCAACUUUGUCGAUUCGCCAACCAGAAUCAACAAGUUUGUCAAGAGCAAUUAAUUUUAAUCCUGUAAAUGUAAAUAUUUUUAUGGACAAAUACGAUUGUCAACUUAAUAAAUAUAAAUUUGAAGCUCAUCAAAUAUUUAAUUUGGACGAAACUGGUAUCACAACUGUACAAAACCCAGGUAAAGUAGUUGCUCAGAAGGGGAAAAAAGAUUGGUGCUGUCACUUCGGCUGA